CCCUGAGGUGUACAGUCGCUCGCCAAGUCUUAAAUACCGCUAAUCUCGCCUGUCGCUACACAGUCUGCAUCAAGGCGGUAACAGAAUGGCAUCUCUGGUGUUUCUGAUGCUCGCUGCAUUCCUCAGCAACACUGCUGCCGCUCCGGCCCAGAAUACACCAGCCACAACGAACGCAACACUUGGAACAGAUGUCUCACCGAGUGCAGAACCACAGACCAGCGGACCUGACCAGCACGCUGUAAACGGAGAGGAAGACGACGCCUAUUAUUACACCUACGACGGCGAUGACACGGACGCAGCGGCACCUACCGGCGUGGAAGACGAGUACGCGGCCGGCGGCGACGACAUGGAUGCCGCGGCGUCCAUGGCCUUCCGGCCGCUGUUCCGCUACCGGGCGCAGCAGCGGAACCGCCGGCGGAUGCGCGCCGAGCGCCGCUACCGCAGCAGAAGAAACCACUGGUGAUGCGCCGCGUUACGACCCAGCCAACAGCAGUGGCUAUUGGCGAGCCGUGCCGUCAGCGAAGACGUCCAGGAACCAGCGCACACGAGGUCGCUGUAUUGUACCCGCACCACUCCACAUUUGUCAGUAUCUAUUCCUCGAGUUCCUUUCUUGCCAGUACAGGGCUUUCACAUAGUUACAGAUUUAAAGUACCUCCGGGGGAUUCAGAUGCCGAUUACUCGAAACCUACAAGACACAAUAAAACAUACACGUUUAACUGGAUACAACAUCGCUAAAAGUCUUGAUUCGUGAUACGAACUACAGAGCAGUCGUAAAGCGCACCACUAGGAAGCAGACGUGUCAGAAGAUGAAGACCAGUGGACCCGAAACUUUUUUGCCCAAGAGUAAAUGCUGACAUCGUGGCGCUUCACCUCGGGGCGCAUAUGUAACGAGGUAGUUAUUAAUUGGUACCCUAGAUAAAUUAAUGUGUUAUGAACCUCCAAUGGACAAUUUACGGAAGGGCGCGAUAAUCUGGCCGCUCAUCUCCAAAGUACUAACCGUUAAAAAUCGCCACAAUUCGGAACACUUCGUGUGACUUGGUCUCUGUUCCAGAUUUCUGCCGUCAUAGCGGCUCUUAAGUUUUAACACUAUAAUUACCGGACGAAGUAUUGCUGUUUUGUCUGUGUGAGCGGAUGAUUAACGGGUUAAUAACAGUAAUUGAACUUAUACGUAUUUAAAUGCAUUAUGCAAUAUGUGGCACGAUCACAAAUGUUUGCUACAUGUUUUGAAUGUCCGUUUUCUGCUACCCAUUGUAUUGUAAGACAAAAUCCUUAAUUUAAUUCCACAUUCCUUGCUACAAACUUAUACCGUAUUUGUUGAGGACCGUCUGUAACGUACAGUCAUGACAUAUUACUUUCAUAUUGAUCAGAACGAAUCGUGCACACACGUGAGUUGUCAGUAAUGGAAGAGAAACAGAACAUUCCCUCUCGCACGUCAUGCAACUCCGGAGGAACGAAGCUACUUACCCUUCAGCCCCUAUGGUAAGGGCUCAGCUUAGCCGAAUUCAUCAGCGUCAACUUAAAUGAAACAUCUCUUAAAACUUAUCGUCUCUGUAUGCAGUUUUAUUUGUUACUAACGAGGAAAACUAUACUCUUAUGAAGGUCUUAACGUUAGUUCAUGUUCCUGAAUUCAGAUGUUAAUUGCUAUAUGCAUACGAGUAUUUUAUAAAACACGACUGGGAACCGCGGGCCGCACAAAUACUUGACUGUGGCCGCAGUUUGAUGACCACUGAUGUAGACAAAUCUGCUGCUUCGUAACGUCGCAUUGACUUAGCUCGCUCCUGCAGGUAGGCAGACUAGUGAACAGACCUCCAAAGCGGGCUGCUGGCGUUGUGCCUUCCCAGACAGCAGCGAUUGUGACUUCAGUGAAUUGCACGUACGUGCUCUUCCGCCUGUUUUUACGUUUUACGAGUCACAAACAAUGCUCAUACUGAACAUCUCCAACGUUACUUAAAAGCUUGGAGAGAUCCUCCAUCCACUGAUACGUCUGUUUUGUGUAUGUAUUGUAGUAUUCGUCCAGUCGUCCUCUGAAACCCCGUAGGCGUCGUGAAUAUCCCUGCAUUUACAGAUGCAUGGUCCCUUUGUCUCAAAUGAAGUGGUGUGAUCACGAUACGCACGCUAUAAAUACUUUGAAAUCCAUCCUCACCGCUUUUUCUUACUGCUGCGUUAUGAAUAAUGCUGCAUGAUAACCACCAAACAACGCUAGAAGAGUUCUUCUAUGUAUCGCCUAAGACUAGUGAACUUCUUCUUGAAGGCAAGUCUAUGAAAUUGAAGACGAAAGGGCAAAUUGGCCAAUAGUACCACCACCGCAUUGCGACUUAAUAACAACUGUCAUUAGUAAUUUAGUACAUGCUUCGGCAAAACUUUUGUAUUGAUUUAUUUUAUAAUGAACCUACUUUUAUAUUGUGCGAUAUACUCACUGCUGAAGAAGUUACAGUAAUUUGAAGAACUGAAAGCAACUUUGAGUGUAACUGAUUUAAAAAAAGUGUUGGUUGUAUACGACACCACUGCAUUGUAACUUAGUUAUAAUAAUUUAUAUUCUUCGACAGACCAUUUGUAACGAUUUUGUUGA